AAUCCUCUUCAGACCUGCCAACUCAACGUUUAGGACAUUGUGUGUCGUGUUGCAGUGAAUUCCGAGUGCUCCAGGGCCCUUGCUUCCCUUGUCCACUAUACCAAAUUCAAUGGAAAGAAAAAUGACAGGAAUAGUAUCCUCUUCAGACCUGCCAACUCAACGUUUAGGACAUUGUGUGUCGUGGCGCAGUGAAUUCCGAGUGCUCCAGGGUCCUUGCUUCCCUUGUCCACUAUACCAAAUUCAAUGAUUUUGGUGUAAUGGCGCUAUGCGCGUUGAAUGCUGAGGAUGCCGGUCCGAAUUAAUAAGGCUAAGGAUUCCAGAAGAGCAGCCUUAUAAAGGUAGGAUUUUUCCUUUUUCUUGCAUGUGUAUUUUAUUUUUAUGUAUCUAGCAGUGGGGGAAAGUGAAUAGUGCGUAUAGUGACUAAAAAGAAGAACAACAUUUUUUUAGCUGAUCUUGUGCUGUGGUAGUAAGUGGAAAGUCAUCAGCUUUUCAUCUCGGUAACAUAAUAUUGACUGCAAUCGUCCUUCUCAUGGUCUCUUUAGCAGCAAACGUCAGUUCACUUCAUUCUUAACCGUGCAAGUAUGAAUUCAUAGCUUUGCAGAUUAAAUGAAGUAAACGAAUAGUUGCUGCCAACUAGACUAUGAAAAAGGAUUGCAGCCAAUUUCGUUUCCCAGGUGUACUGUUGUAUAUCAUUUAUUAUGACACCAAGAUCAGGUUAAUGCGGUUUCUACGUUAAAGUGAUAUAAUCACAAUGAAUUGCGGAUAACGUGCGGACGGAAUAAACGAUACACGCUUAUUUUGUUGCUAGUGACAAAUACCCAGUUUAACGACGUUGCAUCUGAACUACUAACUCUCAUGAUUUUUAUUGAAUUUUUCUUAUUUAUAUUAUCAGUUAUUGACAUUUUUUAUUCCGAACUAGAACUUUAUAAACCGCGAAAAUGUACCUAUCUACGCUCCAUAGUUUUAUUUGAUAAAAACUAAUUUGAUAAAUCAUACCUAAUUAUGUUGUUAAGGCGUGUGAUGGAUGAUGCGAUGGAAUGAUGUUAUUUUUUGAAAAAACAUCCAAUCACAUGCUUUAACAACAUUGUUAGCCUAACAACAUAGUUAAGUAUGCUUUAUAAUACGGGCCAUAUAGGUUUCUUUAGAAACACAAACUUCUCUAGUAAAUUCUAAGCUAGGUUUUAAAUUAUUGGACCGGUUACUUAAUCGUGUGCGGAAAUAGUUACGGAGUGCGGGAGUGCUAAGUGAAACAACUAGUAAUUUGGAAACUGUGUACAAAGAACGAACAUUUUCGGUGUCGAACUUGUAAAUACACUUUUGGCAAGUAAAUAGUUAGAGGCAAUGGUUAUAGGGCGUACUCCUUCCAGAAGAAUAUCCUCAUUCGCUGCGAAUUUAGUUGCAUCUAAUACCUAUGGCUAUGAUUUCAUAGUCAAAGGUAUUUAUACUAGUUUUCUGCACGAACGAGUCCAUACAGUCAUCUAGUAGGCGUUUUACUCUCUAACUUUGGUCUGACAGCUAUGCACUUGUUUUGUGGGUUGUGGUUACAGUUUGAUACCAAAUGGUUCUUUGGUACAUAAUUGAAAUAGGGUAAGUAUGAUAUAUUAAAUUAGUUCUAAUUAAGUAUAUAACGUUCUAUAUUUACUGAGUGUUCCCCAAAAACCAUAUAUAGAGAAACCCAUCAGAUAACUAUUUAAAGAGGUAAACUUUUACCUCAGAGCAAGAAGUUUCUUUAGGUAGGUAAUGAAGUAAGUGAGUUUGUCUAAUGCAGCUGAGGCCUAUUGACGUAGGGAGCGACGGACGGACGAAGAAAUCUAGAUAUACAGUUAACGAUCUUUUUGAACCAAAUUUUUCUCACACUUCCUCAAUUUACGUAGGGACCAACGAGCAGAAAAAUUUUGCCAGCUGGGAGGCGAGCGGACCGAUUGACGUACGGGACGACAAUGUGGAGUGACCGACGCUAAAAUGACCAGUUGAGGGGCGAACGGACCGAUUGACGUGUGAAUUGACGGGCGUAUCACCAAUUUAGGGCACCAGUUAUCUUUUUGGAAAUAUGUUACCGGAUACCUACAUCAUUGCUGUCUUCCAUACGUACAAUUUCCAUGCAUCAUCACCAAGACGAACCGCUGCGACUUUGUAAUAAAAUUUGAUCCAUUCGGAAUAUAUCACCAACCUGGUACCUACCAUGAAUGAAGUGGCGCCGAAUGCGAUAAACAGCGCCACCGGGGGCCCACCGGUCAAUCCCCUAAUCGGCGCCAAUAUUGUCAAGGAGGGAUGGCUUUAUAAGAGAGGCGAACGUAUCAAGAAUUGGAGACCGAGAUACUUUGUGCUGCUCGACAAUGGCGCUUUAAUUGGAUUUAAAAAUAAACCCGACGUCAACUCGAUGGGCGAUCCUCUUAACAACUUCACGGUCAAGGGAUGUCAAAUUAUGUCAACGGACCGACCCAAACCAUACACCUUCAUCAUUAGAGGCUUGCAAUGGACCACAGUCAUAGAACGCAUGUUUCAUGUGGACGGCGAAAAAGAAAGGGAAGAUUGGCUAGCGGCAAUUAAGAUGGUUUCCGAAAACUUAGCGUCCGAAUGCGAGGAUGUGGACAUGGCGUUCGAGAAUCCGAUGGUGGAGGAUUUGUGCGAGAAGUUCUCCAGACAAGGCACGUCCAAUUCAAAAACCAGCGGAAAGCGAAAGGUCACCUUGGAAAAUUUCGAGUUUUUGAAAGUUUUGGGUAAGGGCACCUUCGGGAAAGUCAUUCUAUGUAGGGAAAAGUCGACGCGGCGGUUAUUUGCAAUAAAAAUUUUGAAAAAAGAAGUGAUUAUUCAAAAAGACGAAGUUGCUCACACCCUAACCGAAAGCAGAGUGCUGCGAUCUACAAAUCAUCCGUUUUUGACCUCAUUGAAAUAUUCGUUUCAAACCAAUGACCGCCUUUGCUUCGUGAUGGAGUAUGUGAAUGGGGGCGAGCUAUUCUUCCACCUGUCCAGGGAGAGGGUCUUCUCGGAGGAUCGCACUCGAUUUUACGGCGCCGAAAUUAUCUCCGCACUCGCCUAUCUGCAUUCGCAAGGCAUCAUUUAUAGGGACCUCAAAUUGGAAAACUUGCUGUUAGAUAAGGAUGGUCACAUAAAAAUUGCCGAUUUCGGACUUUGUAAGGAAGAUAUCACCUACGGACGUACGACGAAAACGUUUUGCGGAACGCCCGAGUACUUAGCGCCUGAAGUUUUGGAGGAUAACGAUUACGGGAGAGCGGUCGAUUGGUGGGGAAUUGGGGUCGUUAUGUACGAAAUGAUGUGUGGUCGGUUGCCGUUUUAUAAUCGUGACCAUGAUGUGCUAUUUACUUUAAUUAUUAUGGAAGAAGUUAAGUUCCCACGCACUUUGAGCGCUGAGGCGAGGGAUUUAUUAGCAGGUUUGUUAAUAAAGGACCCAACUCAACGACUAGGAGGAGGACCGGAUGAUGCCAAAGAAAUUAUGGUUCAUCCAUUCUUCACGCCUAUUAAUUGGAGAGAUCUGGAACAAAAAAAGAUUCCACCCCCUUUCAAACCUCAAGUUACGAGCGAUAUAGACACGCGAUACUUCGACUCUGAGUUCACGGGCGAAAGCGUCGAACUGACGCCGCCCGAACAGUCCGGCCCGUUGGGAGCGAUUCAAGAGGAGCCCUACUUUCCCCAGUUUAGCUUUCAAGAUUUGUCUUCCACCCUCGGCAGCUCUGCGCAUAUUAGUAGUAGCAUCAGUAGUGUAGCUCCUAUGCAGUGACCUAUAGUCGAUUAGACGACGGUAAGUCGAUCGGUAAAUCCAUGACCACCGCGCGUUCUUGUAGAAAUCGUACUUACGUGUGAGGGGAAGAGGUGUUACUUUAAAAAUGAACGACUGUUGUUGCAUACAUUUGUGAUAUUUUUCACGUACCGCAUAGGAAUUACCUAAUUUUAAUUUUAAGAUUCGCCCACUGGUAGAUGACUGUCUUUGUAUAUACAAAUCUGUAUAUAACUUUCUAUAUUAAAUAGAUAUAGUCGCUUCCAUUAAAAUUAUGUACGGAGACUCCGAUUAUUUGGGAAAUUUUAAGGAAGUGGGAUUGUUGGUAUCAAAAUAAUUAAUAUUUUGUAAAAACUUUUUGGAUUUUGUAACUAAUUAUCUAGGUAAGUGUGUACAUAGGCUCUAUGUAAACUAAAUUAGCUGUAAUUAUGGGGGUACUAGUGUACUACUACUUUGAUUUAAUUAAGUUUUAUGCUGCCAAAAUGUUCGUUUACUAACAAAACUUAGACCUCGCUAUAGAUUAAUUGCCUUUAAAAGGUAGGAGUGUCUUAAAAGAUUAGUUAUGCCUAGCAAAGUUAUAUACCUAGUAAUAAUUUAUAUAGACAAAGUACCCCGUUAAAUAAUUUGUUGUGAAACUACUUAAAUUAGAGAAUGUUGUAGAUGCUAACGUUACAAGUGCAACUUGCUAAGUAUACUGCAAAAGUGUUUUUGUUUUUCUUUGCUUCACAGAUUUAUAUAAUUAGUGCAAGUAUUUAUUAAUAUUUACCUAUUGAUACUUUUGUACUCGGUAUGCCUAAUAAAGGAAUUUCUAAAGAAAUGUAUACGAUAGGACGGUAGAAAAUAUUUAUUGUGCAUUGGGUUGAUUGUAGAUUUUAUAUAAGGAAAAAUUUGAAGGUUCCCAACUUUGUUAUCUGUUUCUUUUUUACAUUAUAUAAAUAAUAUAUGUUUGGUGCUUGUUAGUACGAAAAAAUAUAUUUACUUGCACAUUA